AACAGCCAUUUUAAGUGUGGUUUGGAGAAUAAAAAAGAAUUGAGUGCAGAUGGUGAAAUGAGAGGUGCAAGAAGCAAAAGGCCUUAAUAGGAGAGGUGGCGGUCCAAUGCCAAGAAAAAGUCGCCAUGACCAGGAACAAUGAAUGAAUCCUGAAAUCAAAUAGGGAAUAAAGAAAGAGCGUUAGUUCAAUUUUGUUUUGUCCAUCGAGGCACCUACUUAUACAUAUGAUAGUAAGGCAUAUAUUCAGAUUUCAGAAGCAUUUGUUGAAUUGAAGUGAACCACAAUAGCACAAUGGGUAUUCCGUCGGAACUGGGGGACAAAAUGUUGGUGUCCAACAAAAGGGGUUUCCUCAUUGCUUCUCCCGCAGAGGAUAGGAAGAUUUUGAGGACCAAGCAAUGUACCAGUGAAGGAGUGCGUGCUGGAUUCAAGGCAGCUUCCAUUGCUUUUGUCGCUAGUGCUGUGCCUACAUUAGCCGCAGUUCGCAUGGUUCCAUGGGCAAAGGCAAACCUCAAUUAUACUGCUCAAGCACUUAUCAUAUCUGCUGCGUCCAUUGCUUCAUAUUUCAUCACUGCUGAUAAAACUAUCUUGGAGUGUGCAAGGAAAAAUGCUCAGCUUGAAGAUGCUUUGAGACACAAUCAAUAAUGCAGUUAUGCCUUAGAAAUGCAAUAUAAGUGUCCAUUGUUUGUCUUGGUGCACGAUGGUGCUACUUGUUGUAAUACAAUCAGCUGGCCUGUUGCAAAGUUUUUCUUUUUGGGUCUGUAUCAGAUGGAUUUCAAGGUGUAUAUUUUUAAAUAAAAUGUUUAUCUUGUGGAGUUGUCACUCCCUGCGGCUUCAGAAGUUGUAAAUCUAAGCUAUGCAAUUGUUGACUUUAAUGGUUCUGUUAGCUUGAGUUUCCUCUAUAUUUGUCAUCAACUCAUCAUAAAAAUACAAAAUUCUAAGAGUA